AUGGAAAAUAAUUUCGAAGAAGUUGUUUGCAGUGAUAUUAGUAAUAAUAAUAAUAAUCUUAGUAUUAAUAAUCUUAACAAUAAUACCAUUAUUGAUGACAAUGUUAUUGAUAAUACCAAUACUGACGACCAAAUUAUUGAUAAUAUCAACAACGGUAUUGAAAACGACGAUAGACUACAACAAAGCACUUCUUCGGCAUUUAUUGACAAUCAGUCGGUAAAUGAGUUCAUCAGCGAAGAGGAGGCAGCAAUCGAGUCGAUUAGUAGACCCACUCUUUUACACGAAAACAAUGACAACGAAGACAAUGAUGACGACGACGAUGACGAAGAAGAAGAAGAAGAAAAGUGUCAUUUAAUAACUUUAACCAAAAUGGAGGCGUCGGAUGUCGUCUGGGAUCAGUCUAUCCGACAUCACGAAAGAUACGGUACAGAAAACAUGUAUUUGGAUCCAGACUUAUACUCAAAUGAUGGCAAAGACGAGAAUAGUGUUUGCGAUUACUCACCGGCGCUGGCAUUGGCGUCAUAUGUGUCACAACAGAUGAAUGGCCAGACAUUGGAUGAACAACAAGUGUCUGGAGGAGUGCACAACAAAUCUCAACCAUAUUUGAAUGACUCGAUUCAUACAACAAACACUUUGCAGUCGACGUCGUCGUCAUCAACAACAACAACAACAGAUGUCAAACACACUUCUUCUUCGACAACAAUCAAUGAUUAUAACGCGUGGAAACAGUUGUCUAUAAACAGCAUAAAUGGAUAUCAAUCGACUGGUAAUAAUAAUAGUAAUAGUAGUAAUAGUGCGACAAAAUUAGGACUAAAUAAUAGUGAUUAUAAUUAUUAUACGAGAUUUGCCACUGAAAGACAACAACGAUAUCCGGACGCCCGGUCUCUGAGAGGACGGGGCGCCCACUCGUCGAUGACUAAAGAAGAGCAACGCAAGAGUGCCUGCGAUAGGGAAAGGACUCGUAUGCGAGACAUGAAUCUGGCCUUUGAUGCGCUCAGGUCUAAGUUGCCGUGUCUUAAGCCACGAGGCAAACGACUGUCUAAAAUUGAAUCGCUUAGAAUGGCCAUCAGAUAUAUAGCACACUUGCAGUCAAUAUUGGCCACACCUGACGGUGAAAUUAACGGUUCGUCCGCCAUAACCUCACAGCCUUAUUGUCCGCCCACUAACAACAGCUCGUGUACGCGAUUGUGGAGAAUAAAUGAUCGGGUAGACUAUUGUGUGGGACAACAGUCAUAUCCUUGUCCCGAAACUUAUCAUCCGUACGAAAAUAGUUAUUACUGGUGGACACCUAAUAUUAAUGGAUCAUAUAGUGGUUACCAACAAUGA